CCAAAUCGAUACAACCGCGCGGAAAGAACCCGUCAAUUUUAAACCCAUUGAGAGUUCGGAGAGUUCAGCGGCCAAGGAGUAGACAAGAUGGCGUGCGUGGCCUUGGCGGCGGUGCUCGUGCAGCUGAUUAUGGUGAUGACCAGCUGGGGCGGUGGAGUGUCGGCGCAGUUUGCAGGACCGACGCUCGCCUGCGGGGGCACUUCGCUGCUCAAAAUGACCACAUUGAUCUCGCCGGCCCAGAUUGGCACUAAUGGGGGCGCCGCCAGCAGCUGCACCUACACCAUUCGGGCUAUGAAUCUACGCGUCUGCCAGCUCCGGCUGGACUUUAACACGUUCAAUCUGGCCCAACCGACGGCCGAUCCGUACCCGAGAUGUGUCAACGACGUGCUGACGAUUGAGAACAUGGAUUUCCAUUUGUGUGGCGCCAACGAUGGACAGCACAUUUACGUGCCCUUUUCCCCGACCUACAACGACAUGACAAUGACCAUCGACUUUAAGCUGGCGGGACGUACCCUCGGAGAGCAGGCCCCGUACUGGAACAUCCGCGUCCAGCAGCUGGAGUGCCCCGUUGGACCAGCUUUCGCGUCCAAACUGGCCAACCGCUUCAUCCCGGAAAUUCCACCACCUUCCGGCAAAACCUUCAGCAACGAUUUGGCCACGCUGGCACCGACGGGUUGCUUGCAGUACUUCACGGCCCCAACCGGCACGAUCAAGUCGUUCAACUUUGGCCCGGGACCGUACAUCGGAGACACCAACUAUGCCAUCUGCUUCCGGCGGACACGGGCCAACCGGAUAUUGAGUCUGCACGCGGACGUCUUCGAUCUUGGCUACGUCGAAACGGGUGGCAUGGAGUGGACCGAUAACGAGUGCUACUCGAACGUGCCCACCCCUGGACGAUCCGAGGACUACCUGUUCAUUCAGGAUGGUCAUUACGUCGCCGCGGGAGGAAUCACGCGAAGGGCUAGUCGGUUCUGUGGCCAGAGCAUAAUCCAAAACACAGUGGAAACAUCCUCACCGGGACCGUUCGUGGUGUACUUCAACAGUGACAAGCUCAUUGAAGCGUCUCGUGAGAUGGGAUUCCACAUCACGUACGAAAUCGUCUAAUGGCAAAACAAACACAAACAAAACCCCCGUUUCCAAUCAAUCUUUGGCCUAGAAUAAUAACGAAUACUUAGCACGCUGAAGAUAUGCGCCGUUUACUCCACUA